AUCGAAGCAAGGUCGCUUAACCAACUAUAGCCUCUUGGCGGGUUUUCGAGUUAUCUAUAUUACUAAACUAGAUAUGUCUGUACUGAGCGACACUUUGCAUGCUGCAAAUGGGAACGAAGAAACAGUAUCGAAGGUAGAUAUGUGUCCUCGCAGACUUUCAAGAGUUUCGCGCUUGAGGGAUAUGUUCCAAACCGGUGUUGUAAAGCCAAUCGACGAUAAUGAAGAUGGGUUUGAUGUAGAAAGCUCAGUAUUUUCAGCAUACACCUGCCCUGAUUUUGAAAGGUUUCCAAGAGCCUUUCCGGGGUCCCCACCUAUGAAAACUCUGCGCAAUCAUCGAAUAAGUCUAAAUAAGAAUGAAUCGACUCAGCAUAAUAUUACGUCAUCCAGAUCAGUUGAUGGAGGCUUCUCUAUACCGGAAUCACUUUCUCCCAUUAAAUCUCCACCCACAAGACCUCCUAAGCCUCGUCAUAUAUCUUUGUCGAAACCUGCUGUUCUUGAAGAGGUGAAACUAAAACCGAUUUCUUCAAAAAUCACUACCGAAAACGCAUCUCGUAAUAGCGUUACAGAACCGGUGGAAAUUUAUAGCCAUUCGAUUACUAACGCUGUUAAUAGCAUAGAUAAUCAACCGUCGACAGUCAAAGUAAAUGGAAGUUCGUCAAAUUCAACUACCAUUCGAAAUUCAACUCCUGUCACUAUUAUCAAAGCAGGACCGCAACAAACAUCCAAAGAUCCUGUUGAAUGUUUUUCUUAUGCUUCCAUAACUCCUUUAUAUUCGUCUAACAAGAUUGAGAAGGCGACUGAAAAUGAUGUAAAUAAUACUAUUAAUAAUGAUGCUCAUCACCAAUCCUACGAAACAGCCAUUCAACCCUCCGAAAAUUUAAAUUCACAAUCAACUCAUUCCAUAUGCAAUUCUUCUGUUGAUCAUCAAUGUACAAUAUCAAAUUCUUCGGAUAUCCAGGAUUUUGUAAUUCGACCUGAAGCAUUUCACAAGUCUCAAUUUCCCGAAAUUGUAUGUAAAGAUAACAUUGAUGAUCUUCCUGUACUACAACAUGCUGAACCUGUUGCAGUUAAUGCUGAAGAUGAUGAUGAUGGUUUAGAUGAAAAAAUUGACAAUACUGAAAACUCUUUUGAAAUUGUUAUUAGUUCAUCUCAGUGUAACACAUCAUUUAAUCCACUGAUCACUUUACCUGUUCCGAAAGGAUUGAAUGUUGUGGCAGUUGAUGACGAUGGAGUUCAUAUUUUUGAAGAUGGUAAUUUUCUGUACGCUCUUCCUGGCUUAACUGAUAAGUAUUCAGAUGAUUCAGAUUUUUAUGACUCACGUGAGGAUGUUACCAAUAUUUCCGACUUAAUAUCUCCUUCAUAUACCGCUGAACAAGUAAACGAUGAAGAAAACGUUAAAACAAAUAUGGACAAAAUCCUUUCAGUAUCUUCAUCAUCUAAUUCACCAAAAUCAAUAACUACAAGGAAGUUAGUCAACAAACGUUCAGGUAGCAGUGAUAGUCUAGUCAAACAACCGAGAGUUCGAUUUAGUUCUGAGCCAAUCUUGGUGUUCAGUACUCAUUCUACUACAGAUUAUAAUCGUAGAAAUGAAGAAAUAGAUCCAUUGUCUGCUUCAGCAGAAUAUGAAUUAGAAAAACAUCUUGAAGAUAUGGAUAUGUUUGAAAUCGAUUUCCGUAAAGGUAUAAAUGGUCUCGGUAUUAGCAUAGUUGGUUCCGGUGUUGAUACUUCAUCUGGUGAACAGAAAUUAAGCAUAUUCAUUAAAUCACUUACUCCUGGAGGUGCUGCAGAGGCUGAUGGUCGUAUUCAAGUGUACGAUCAAAUUGUUCAAGUAGAUGGCCAUAGUUUGGUUGGUGUCUCUCAACAAUUCGCAGCUCAAGUACUCCAAAAUACUGGGGAAAUCAUUCAUUUUGUUCUAGCCAGAGAAAAAGAUCCACCUAAUUCCCGUAUAGCAAAGAUAUUAACAGAAAAACAACAAGAGGAAGACGAGGAGAAUAAUAAGGAGGGAGAGGAAAAGGCGGUUGAGAAAGAGUCAAAGUUGAUUAAUAAUUCAUCUGAUAAAUAUCAAGAGGUCGUGUCUACUCAAACCGAUAAUCCUGUAAACUUAUCAGGUGGAGAUUCUACUGAAGCUUUACAUAAUUUGAUUGCUGUAGCUACACGAUCAUUGAAAGAAGCUAAACAAUGGAACAAGGAUGAUGAUGAGGAGGAGGAGGAGGACGAGGAUGUGAUAGCUGUUGAUGAAAGUAGUGUAGAUUAUGAUAUGGAAUAUCUUAAUGUUAAUAAUAAUGAUACAAACGAUUCAUCACCUGUAAACAGUCUUUUUCAACAGUUUAGAAAAUCUUCAAAUGGUAGUGAUAAUGUAAAAUCAUUAAAUGGUUAUUCCACUGGCUUAAAUUAUCAACAUUCUAGCCCUCGAUCAGCAUUAAAAGGUACAGCAACUGCAGCAUCGACUCGUCGACGUAAUGAAGCUAUCAUGGAGUAUAUUCGUCAAGCUGUACUUAUCCAAGAUAAUGUAUAUUUACCAACUGAUCUAAUUAAUAAAAAUGACUAUACUAAUAAAAGUCAAAAUUCAGAUACAACUAUAGACAGUGUUAGUACAGUGUCUUGGGCACUAGCUAGUGAAUUGCAUGAUCAUAGAAUUCAACUACGAAAAUUCCAAUCACGUGUUCGAAAUCUAGAACAACGUUUGACUGCUCAAGAAGCUGCAGCGGAUGAAGCGAUAGAAAGACUUUGCCUACGUUGUCGUCAUUUGGAAUUAGAGCUUAAACAAUCACAACAAAAAUGUUCACAACUAAUCAUGUCACCAAAACAGCAGAAUGUCUCGAACUCUAAUAACUAUUCUCCGGGGGCUAAUAACUUAUGUAAUCCAAUAUAUCAUUCGUCACUAUUGAAUGCCUCAACGUACAAAGAUGAUGAUGGAGUGGUGGUGUCUGGAGAAAAUCCCGAUGUUGUAUUGGAGAAAUGUUUUGGUUUAACUGACACUGAUGAAUCUAUAGUUUCAAUUCCAAAUCGUGUUAGUCCCAAGGCGUCAGUAUAUGGACCUUAUUCUUCUGAUGAUCAAGAUAAAGUUAAAGUGAAUGGUUCUACUGUUAACCCUGUGAAUGUUGUACAUGACUGUUAUUCAACUACCGUAGAAGUACCAUUAUUUGUUAGACAAGUGGAAGAUCGAACUCGAAUUGUUAGUUCGGGUGGUUUAGCUCGUCGACGUCCACCUACAAAAAUUGUUACGUCUGUAUACUUACACAUAAAUUCACCGUUCUCCUCAUUGCAUGGACCCUUUGCUACUUCUUUAACUGAACCUCAAGUACCAUCGGUCACAAAUCCUUUUAAUUCUAAAAACCAUGAUUCUUGCUUGAAUAAAUCAUCAAAUGUUAUAUCUAAUACAUCUCAACCUCCACGUCCCGUUCCUCCACAUUCAUUUAUGUUCCAUCGUUCCUCUUCAAAUGAAAAACAAACUUCUUCAUGUCAGUCGAAAUUAACAUCUAGCAGUUUUGUAGAUUCAAAAGCCAGUUCAACACAAAUGGCACCUUCACGUAAACCAGUAGGUGGUUAUCAACUACCAGGACUUUCAGAUAAUUCGUUUUCCAAUGUUCUCCGACGUACUAAUAUUUGUACAGAUCUGUCAAAAUCUUUAAAUUCACAAGAAUCCGAACCCUAAACACUUCCUUCAUUUAUUUAAAGAUUGUUGGUAAUAACUUCUUCCAGUCAUUAAAGAAGACUUCAAAAGUGUACUUAUCUAAUGUGCGAAUGGAUAAAAAAUAUUAUCUAAAUUAAAUUAUGUUUUUAGGUAAUCCUUUCUCUUUUCUACCAUUAUUAUUCACUUUUUGUAAAGUCGAUCAAACCUUUUUUAAAAAUAAAACCCAAUACUACCAUGCAAAUCCUAAUUAUAAAAAUUCUUAUUUUAAUUAUGAAUAUACUAAUGUUACCACUCUUUACAAUGAUAAUUUCAAUCAGUCAGGGAACAAUUUAGUAAUGGUUAUAAAGUUAACAUAAAAUUUGUAUAUUUUCAUAUUUUAUUACAUAAUUGUAUUGUUAUUGUCACUAUCAUUACUAUUACUGCUACUACUUCUAUUAACAUCUAUAAGUUAGAAAAUAUACAUCAGUUGGUUUUGUUCUCUUCUAACAAUACACUGAUUAGUUAUUUCUCAAUGCUUCUGUUAUAUUAUUUUCGAGUCAUCUCAUGUGAAGUGUUUUCCUCUUUUUUUGUUAGUAUUAUUAUAUAACGCAUUUAACUAAACGCUGAAAGGUUCACUUACUGAAGUUCUUUUGUUAAACAUUUUGUUAACUGACUAAAGACAAGUGAUGAUGGGUUUUUUUCCUCGAUUUAUUAUUGUCACAAUUUUCUUUGUCACUGUUACUCUCUCUUCCUCUUUUUAUACAGUUUCAAUGGUAGUAUACGUUUAUUUUGGAAAUACCGUUUUUUAUUGUGUACGUUGAGAUCGCGCUUAUAUCAUGGGCUUCAAUGUAUUUCUGUAUAAUUAAAAAAAAAGUAUUUUUCAGUUAGACAGUUUCUCACAUUGGCAUAGAUUAACCGAUUUAAUCGAAUAAGUUGCAAAAGACGUAAAGAUCUUCCUUAUUUGACACUUCAUGAUUUCAUUAACAUCUUGACCACAAAAAUCCUUGUUCAGUCGAUUUAAAAUAUUAUUAAAGUUGAUAUCAAGUUUUGUAACUGUCUCAACUGUAAGCAUCAAUCUAUGUUGUUGAGGAACUAUGGGGCAAUUAGUUUUCUUGUCGUUUAUUGGAUAAAUCACCUUUAUUCAGCCCCUAAAUCAUUGGGUAUAUUGUUAAUCUUCACACUGUUGAGAAAUGUAAGUAAUAGCAAUAAACCUGAGUCCUGAUUUCAAACAUGGAGGUUUUAGCAAUAUAUGGUAUUUUUGUUAGAAACACUGGAAUCCGAUUUGCUCAGUGUAUUUUCCAAAAGUCAAAUAACUUCUAAUGUGAACAGCUCCGAAAUUCCGGGAACAAGAUUACCGUCUGUUUGUUCAGUAGAAAGUGGUACUAAAAAAAUAAUAAUCUGAUUCUAUAAAUAAAUAUCUUUAAUUAAUA